CUGACAAGAUGUCACCGAAAAUAACAUGAGUCAAAUUGAAAAAAUGGAAAUCAGAGAUGAAUGAAAAAAUCAUCAAAUCAAUAUUUGCAAGAAUUAGGAAGUGGAACAAAAAUCACAAUUAUUUUAAUAUGAGAUCCAUUGCUGAAGAAUCCCAAGAGGACCAAAGGCAAGAAAGUCCUCGUAAAACAGCAAAUUUUUUAUCAACGAUUACAUUCUGGUAUAGCCUCAGACUAUUUCAUGAAGGCAGAAAAAGGGAUCUCAACGAGGAUGACCUAACGAAACCCUUGGAUGCCCACAAGUCACAGAUUCUUGGUGACAAAAUUGCCAAAAUAUGGGCUCAAGAAUAUGAUGAUGCUAUCGAACACAAGAGGAAGCCGAGUAUGACGAAAGUCAUAAUGAAAACAUUUUACAAAGAUAUUCUGAUAUAUGGGCUAGUUCUACUCAUCAUGGAAAUGGGAAUUAGGCUUCAGCAGCCCCUCUUUAUUGGACUUUUCGUGAGAUUCUUCAGCGCAGAAAAUAAAAAUAACACCGAACCUCUUCAUUCACCGAUGUAUAUAAAUAGACUUCUAUACUUUUGGACUCCAAAUUUGAGCCCAAUACAGAAAUCUGAAGCAUACCUCUAUGCAGCUGGAGUGAUGUUAUGCAGUCUUAUAGUAGUAAUGGUACUGCAUCCAUAUAUGCUGGCCGUUCUUCACAUAGGGAUGCAAAUUAGAGUCGCAUGCUGUUCACUCAUUUAUAGAAAGGCACUGCGCAUCAGAUUGACAGCUUUGGGAGGAAGAACCGUUGGUAACGCAGUGAAUUUGAUGUCUAACGAUGUUACCAGAUUCGAUUUGGCGGCAAUUUUCCUCCACUACCUAUGGAUAGGUCCUUUGCAGUUGCUCUUCAUAAUCUAUUUUAUGUAUAAAGAGGUUGGAAAUGCUGCUUUGGUUGGUAUCCUCGCCAUCGUUUGUGUUAUGCCAUUACAAAUGUUUCUUGGAACAAGAACAUCGGCAUUGAGGAGAAAAGCUGGAGAAAGGACAGAUGAGAGAGUUAGACAGAUGAAUGAAAUCAUUCAAUCAAUGCAAGUGAUCAAAAUGUAUGCCUGGGAAUAUGCGUUUGCUAAGUUGAUCUCGAUGUUAAGAAGGAGGGAAUUGAAUGUUAUCAUUUAUACAUCCUACAUCAGAGGUCUGAUUAUGUCCUUCAUAAUGUUCACAACGAGAUUUGCGAUAUUUCUAACUGUUAUGUUUUAUAUAAGCAGUGGCAAUGAUAUUACUGCAGAAAGAGUGUUUGUUGUUACCUCUUACUACCAGAUUUUGAGGCAAACUAUGACUGUAUAUUUUCCACAAGGAGUAAGCAUGCUGGCAGAAUCGGCAGUAUCCAUAAAGCGCAUCGAAACGUUCAUGCUCACCGACGAAACGACAGUCGGCGAUCCCACCAUCCUGGACCCCUUGUUGCACACCAAACCGAAGAAGUACAACGUGCGACACUCCUUCCCCUCCACCUCCGAGGACGAGCCGUUCGUGCGCGUCGUGCACGGCAUCGCGAAGUACGGCGAAGACGUCUGUCUGGACGACAUCAAUUUGGAGGUGUAUCCCGGGAAGUUGACGGCCGUCGUGGGGCCGGUGGGGGCAGGCAAGAGCUGCUUGCUGAACAUGGUGAUGGGCGAGCUGGCGUUGUUCAGCGGGAAGUGUACCACGAACGGCGUCAUAUCGUACGCCUCGCAAGAACCGUGGCUGUUUGCGGGUUCUGUUAGACAGAACAUCUUAUUCGGCAGAGAAUUUGAGUUGCUGCGGUACAGAGAUGUGGUGAAAGCAUGUGCUUUGACCAGAGACUUCUCCUUACUUCCAUUCGGCGACAGAUCCAUAGUCGGUGAACGUGGGAUAUCUUUGAGCGGUGGACAAAGAGCCAGAGUGAAUUUGGCUCGCGCCGUAUAUAAAAGGGCAGAUAUUUACCUCUUGGACGACCCUUUGUCAGCAGUUGAUAUCCAAGUGGGGCAACAGCUCUUUGAGGCAUGCAUUAAAAGAUAUCUAGAAGACAAAGUCGUAAUUCUAAUCACCCACCAACUGCAGUAUUUGAAGAGAGCAGAUCAAAUCGUGAUAAUGAGCAAUGGUAUGAUCCAUGGCAAAGGAGAUUACAACGAGCUGAUUGGCACUGAUACAUCAGCUUUUGCCGAGUUGCUGAAAGAAGCUUCUUCUACUUUACCAGCCGAUGAAAAAGAAGUCGAGAAAGUGAUGAGAGCUCUGUCCAUAACCAGUACAGUUUUCAACAGCAUAAUCGACAUUGAGGGUAAAAAGAAAACUCCCUUUAUUAGUCCAGAAAUCCGAACAGUGGGAUCAGUGGAUUUUUCUAAUUACGUGGCAUAUUUUCGAGCUGGUGCUAAUUGUUGCGGAAUACUCUUGGUCAUCCUGAUGUUUUUACUUGCUCAAUUGUUAGCAAGCAGUGGAGACUAUUUUUUAGCUCAAUGGGUUAACCUGGAAGAACUACGAUCCCACGUUGGUUCUGCAGCUGUAAUGGGAUUCUUCGAUACCUUGAGGCGAGAAGAUUGUAUAUUGAUAUAUACAAUAAUCAUAAUUGCAACCAUCGUUGUGGCUGUAACAAGAUCUUUAGUAUUUUUUACGCUCUGCAUGCGAUCUUCAAUGGGAUUGCAUAAUCAAAUGUUUGAUACUAUCAUUCGAGCAACUAUGAGAUUCUUCAACAUAAAUACUUCUGGGAGAAUACUGAACAGAUUCUCGAAAGAUUUAGGUGCCGUAGAUGAAAUGCUGCCAAAUGCGUUCAUUGACACAACACAAAUGCUGUUGAACUUGGUUGGAGCAGUAAUUGUUGUAGGGUUCAUCGAGCCAUUUUUACUAAUACCAACUUUCCUAAUGGGAUUAUCUUUUUUCAUUCUGCGGAAAGUGUAUCUCAGUACUAGUCGAAACGUCAAACGUUUGGAGGGAAUAACUAGGAGUCCGGUGUUUGCCCAUUUGAACGCCAGCUUGCAAGGUUUGCCUACAAUCCGAUCCAAUGGUGCCGAGCAAAUUUUGGUCCAGGAGUUUGACAAAUUACAGGAUACCCACAGCAGUGCCUGGUUCAUGUUCCUUUAUACUUCCAGAGCUUUCGGUCUUUGGUUGGAUCUAAUAUGCACCGUUUACAUCGGAUUAGUGACCUUCAGUUUCAUUAUCCUCUCUGAUAAGUAUCAUGGGAGUUAUGUAGGUUUGGCAAUCACCCAGUGUAUUGGUCUGAGUGGUCUAGUUCAAUGGGGUAUGAGACAGUCUGCCGAACUAGAAAAUCAAAUGACUUCAGUCGAGAGGGUUCUAGAAUUUACAAGAAUUGAACAAGAACCUGGACUAGAAUCGGUACCUGAUAAAAAACCGCCAGCAUCGUGGCCGAAGUUUGGAAAAAUCGAAUUCAUCAAUACUACACUCAGAUACAGUAUAUUUGAUCCACCAGUGUUGAGACGUUUGAAUUUUCUAAUUCAUCCCAGAGAGAAAGUUGGUAUCGUUGGAAGAACAGGUGCUGGCAAGUCUUCACUGAUUGGUACAUUAUUCAGAUUGUGCAGCUUCGAAGGGCAAAUCUUGAUUGACAAUUUAGACAUAUCUGUACUUGGACUACAUGAUUUACGACGGAAAAUAUCCAUAAUACCACAGGAGCCUGUAUUGUUUUCUGGAACUCUACGCUAUAACCUGGAUCCAUUCCACGAAUACAAUGAUACAGAUAUUUUUGGAGCGAUAAUCGAUGUAGAACUGAAAUGUGCCAUGACCAACGGAAUUCAAUGUUUGGAUGAUGUUAUGACAGAAGGUGGGGUAAACUUGAGUGUAGGAGAAAGGCAAAUGGUUUGUUUAGCUCGAGCAAUUCUUAGAAACAACAUCAUUUUGGUGAUGGAUGAGGCGACAGCGAAUGUUGAUACUCAAACAGAUAGAUUCAUACAGAAUACCAUAAGAACAAAGUUUGCUCAUUGUACUGUGCUCACAAUAGCUCAUAGAUUACAUACAGUUAUGGACUCGGACAGGGUAAUAGUAAUGGAUGCUGGUAUGGUAGUUGAGUUUGAUCAUCCUUAUCUACUCCUACAAAAUAGGGAGACCUUGUUUUCGGAUAUGGUUAGAAGAACUGGGCCUGGAGUUACAGUUGCAUUGACAAAUAUAGCAAAAAAGUCAUAUGAAGCUAGAGGUCAGGUACACCAAGUUGAUGAUCGUUCAAGAGCGAAUUCAACCAAUUAUCCAACUACAAAUAAUUCGACGAAUGACUAAAGGCAAGUUACUGUUUUGUAUUACAUGAAAGUUUCCAUGUAAAUGUUAUUUUCCAGUUAUAGCUUAAAUAGAUAUGCCUCAAAAGCAGAUAUGGUACUUAUUUGACUUGAUUUUUUUAUUUUUAUUGAUGUUUGAUCUUUUUGAAGAACAAAUUCGCGAUAGAAAAUAAUACUUCGCUCCACCUUACGGAAAUAAAUGAUACACUCUAACAAUUUAAUAAUUGAUUGAUUUUAUGUCGGUAUCAUAAAUCAGUAAUAUCUUUUAAUUCAAACUAUACAGUGAGA